AUGGCCCGGGCCUUCUUCAGAGAAGAGGAGGUGACAGACAGCAUGAUGAUGGCUGAUGAAGCCCACAUGGCCCCAUACCGGGAAACCGGGAGCCCAGAGCACCUGUGGCCGCAGAGACACUGGCACGCAGCCCUCGGAGUGGGCGGGGCCGGCUGCAAGCAGAUGGGGACGCGCUUGCGGCCCGGGGGCCUCGAAGGUCCCCGCGCACUCAGCCAGCGGCCUCUGCUGUGUCUGCUGCUGCGGCCGGGAACCCGCGGCCGGACCACGCCGGGCACCUCCAGCACCCCGAGUCCGCGGGAGCGCACGCCGGCCCUGAGGCGAGACUUCCCGCUUGUGGACGGGGGGCUGCAGUGUGUGCGGGUUGGCGGGGGCCGCCACAACGACAUGCCCCUGGUCCUGAGGCAGUUUUACAAUGGGCUCCAGGAUGUUAAUCUGUGCAAUUUCAGCCAUGGCCAGACCAGCUUGGACAGGCUGAAAGACGGUCUCGUGGGUGCCCAGACCCACGAACGGGAUGCUGUGCGCCUCACCCUGGAGCAAAUUGACCUCAUCCGCCUCAUGUGUGCCUCCUAUUCUGAGCUGGAGCUUGUGACCUCACUUAAAGAAGCUACCCCUGCCUCUGAAAAUGAUCAUCUGACCUACCUGCCCCCAGCUCUCAACAAUACCCGGAAGUUGGCUUGCCUCAUUGGUGUGGAGGGCGGCCACUCACUGGACAGUAGCCUCUCCAUCUUGCGGACCUUCUAUGCGCUGGGUGUGCGCUACGUGACACUCACCCACACCUGCAACACGCCCUGGGCACAGAGCUCAGCAAAGGGUAUCCACCCCUUCUACAGCAAUGUCAGUCGGCUGACCGGCUUGGGCGAGAAGGUGGUGGCAGAAAUGAACCGCCUGGGCAUGAUGGUGGACUUGUCCCAUGUCGAUGCUGUGGCACGGCGAGCCCUAGAAGUGUCACAGGCACCUGUCAUCUUCUCCCACUCAGCUGCCCGGGGUGUGUGCAAGAACACUCGGAAUGAUCCUGAUGCUACCCUGCAGCUUCUGAUCACUUCGACCACAUCAGGGCAGUCACUGGAUGCAAGUUCAUCGGGAUUGGCGGAGAUUAUGACGGGGCUGGCCGGUGAGUGCUUCCCCAUGGCUUGUCUCGGGCUGGCUGGGCAGCAGUGGGGCUUUCACAGCCACCGUGCCCACCACACUGUGGUCCUCAUGGCCUUGACCAUAGCCUCAGGUGUGCUGGCCCAACUGGUAUCUCCCCUCUCCCAGGGUCUGCUUCCUGGGCUCUCCUGUCUGUUUGGCCCUACUCUAGGUCAUCAUAUUUGUCUAAAACACCACACAGAGCUCAUCUGCCCAGCACCUGCGCCCACCCAGUUCCCACAGGGGCUGGAGGACGUGUCCAUAUACCCGGUACUGAUAGAGGAGUUGCUGAGGCGUGGCUGGAGUGACGAAGAGCUCUGGGGUGUGCUUCGAGGAAACGUGCGGCGGGUCUUCAGACAGGUGGAACAGGUACGGGAGGAGAACGAAGGACAGAGUCCCUUGGAGGAUGAGUUCCCAGAUGAGCAGCUGGGCAGCUCUUGCCGCUCCGUCCUCCCACGUCUGCAUCAGAGAGAGGAUCUGGCUCCAGACCAGAAACUAACCAGAGCUGCGCCUUUCCUGCUGCAUGCAAUGACCCGGCUCUUUUGUGAGCAGGUGAAGAACACCCCCGGUGCGUGCAGUUCUGUGGUCCCUGCAGAGAUGAGGGCCCUUGAUAUGGGCUUCAGCACAGCACAGCCAGCCUCAGGAGGCCUGUGGGACCACUGGGGCCCCGGUGCCGAUCCCCUGGAUGUUCCUGGGAACGCUCCCACGACUCCAAGGCGAGUCCUGCCAGCACCCAACUCCACCAAGCUGGCACUCCUUACCUUUUCCGGAUUCCGUUCGCAGCUCCCUCCUCAUACGCAUUCUCAAAGCUUCCAAGAGGGGUGA